AUGGGCCUGACGGAUAGCCUCUGCAUCUCCAAGGUCUUGCAGAAAGAAUCUCCGGUCCCUGUGAUAUUUCUGGGUUUGCAGGUGAUGGUUCCCUCCAACUACAUCGGUGCCCUAGGCGUGCUGCCCACGCUUCCCAGAUGUUGCGGCAUGAAUAAAGCUGCCUGGAAGCUGGUCAUAAAGAUGCUCUCGUCGAGAGGGGCAAGGUCUCUCAUUGACGCCCUGCCUGCGCUUGGACGAGCCCAGGAUGACUCCGACCUUCUCGGUUCCUACCAGGAGUUUUUCGACCACUGCAGCUGUAGCCCUCGCUUUCCAUGUCUCUUUGCAGUCAGCACAGCUCUGCACGGGCCUUUCCCUCCCGACUUCAGCCACCUCUGCCGUGCUUUGGGCCCUAUCUGCUAUGAGCCCGAGAUGGAAGUCGGGGUCGACUUCGGCGGCUCUGAGCUGGGGCUUUUGGAGGAGUUCUUGGCGAAAGGCGAGGCCCCCGUGCACAUGGGCUACGGAUCCAUGGUCUAUCGAAGUGGCAAGUUCAUGAGUCUCCUGAGCCUCCGAGCUCUGAAGUCUACGGGAUGCCGGGCAGUCAUCUUGCGGGGUUGGGCUGAGCUCGGUCUCCAAGAAAUCGACUCCGAGCCGGAUGUCGAAGAGCUGCGCGCCUUCUGCGACUCCCGAGUGCUCUUCGUGGAGACUGCGCCGCACGCCCGGCUCUUCCCACGCUGCAGCGUCAUCGUGCAUCAUGGAGGUGCCGGCACCACCUAUGCUGCAGCCAGGAGUGGCGUCCCCAGCGUGAUUGUACCAAUACUUUUGGACCAGUUCGUCCAUGCCAGGCUCAUGAAUGAGAAAGGCAUCGGGAUAGGACUGCGUGGCAUGAGCUCGACCUCUCCCGACGAGCUGUCGCAAGCAAUACUGACCUGCCUGCAAUCGACCCACAUCCGAGAAGAAGCGGCAUUCCUGGGUCGGGAGCUCGCGAAUGAGAACGGAGCUACGAAGUUUGUCGGUGAAGUCCGGCGUUUCUUCGCGGAGUUCAUUGAUUCUGGGCGCUAUGCAAAGGAGAAGCUGGCCCGACGAAGGCGUAGCAGGGGCUGGCGUUGGCGUGACUGGCUCAGCUGCGUCGCCUCCUUUUGCCAAGCAAAUGGUGGCGAGCACUGA